AUGGUAAAAUUGAGGAGUUCUGAUAAUGAAGAAUUUGAGAUUGAAGAUAGUAGAGCAGAGCAAUGCGUAACACUGAAGAACAUCAUUGAAGAUGAUUGUGCUUCUAGUGUAAUCCCAGUGCAAGUUGAAUCCCAAAUCCUGUCUAAAGUCAUAACCUAUCUCAACAUACAUGGAGAUUCAUCACUUGAUGAAAAAGAUAAGAACCAAUUUGAUGAAAAAUUUGUGGAUGAAGAUUUCCCACUCCUUUUUGAAUACAUGUUGGCCGCAAAUUAUCUUGACAUCAAGUCUUUACUUGAUGUAUGUUCCACUAAGGUUGCAAAUAAGAUAGAGAACAAGAGCGUCGAGUUUACACGGAGGCUUUUUGGUAUCGAGAAUGAUUUUACUCAAGAGGAAGAGGAAAAGUAUCGUCAAAAAUAUGCAUGGGCCUUUGAAGGGAUCGAAGAAGACUAA